AGUAGGGCGAGUGGGAGUCGGAGUGUUGGGACUCGAGACCCUGGCUGGAAGGGGAUCGGGCGAAGCUAACUGCCGCGGGGCGGGCGCCGAGGUGCUUUGGGAGGGUCCCAACCGCCGGGAGCCCGGCUGUUUUAAGGGCGGAGCGGCCCGCCCCUCACAGACGCGGGGGCGGUGAGACAGGUGUGUUGCUCGCAGCUCCGCCCUUCUGUUCCUAGACUCCAAGGCUUCUGGUCUGCGAUCCCGCUCCAGCUGCCGCGCUUAGAGCAGAGCAAGACUGUCUCCCCUUUUUUCAAGGGGAUGGCGGUUACCUCCGGCGGGAGCUGCGGCGGGAUUCUCUUCAGGCGCUCAGCUCUCAGGGGGUUGGCUGGAGGUGGGAGGAGGGUGCUGAGGCUACACUGAAGUUGCGGAGCCAGACUUAGGAUAUUCUAUCUAGAGCCCAGCCUGGAAGCUCAGCGAGACCUGCAAGGCAUCAACAUGCUUUCCACCCCAGACACCUGCUGUAUUGAGGAUUUUAAAGUUGGAAAUCUGCUUGGUAAAGGAUCAUUUGCUGGUGUCUACAGAGCUGAGUCCAUUCACACUGGUUUGGAAGUUGCAAUCAAAAUGAUAGAUAAGAAAGCCAUGUACAAAGCUGGAAUGGUACAGAGAGUCCAAAAUGAGGUGAAAAUUCAUUGCCAAUUGAAACAUCCUUCUAUCUUGGAGCUGUAUAACUACUUUGAAGAUAGCAAUUACGUGUACCUAGUAUUAGAAAUGUGCCAUAAUGGAGAAAUGAAUAGGUAUCUAAAAAACAGAAGAAAACCAUUCUCAGAAAAUGAAGCUCGACACUUCAUGCACCAGAUCAUCACAGGAAUGUUGUAUCUCCAUUCUCAUGGUAUAUUACACCGGGACCUCACACUUUCUAACCUCUUACUUACACGUAAUAUGAACAUCAAGAUUGCCGAUUUUGGGCUAGCAACUCAGUUGAAGAUGCCACAUGAAAAGCACUAUACUUUAUGUGGAACUCCUAAUUAUAUUUCUCCUGAAAUUGCAACUCGAAGUGCACAUGGACUUGAAUCUGAUAUUUGGUCCUUGGGAUGUAUGUUUUAUACAUUACUUAUUGGGAGACCACCUUUUGACACUGACACAGUGAAGAACACAUUAAAUAAAGUCGUACUGGCAGAUUAUGAAAUGCCAACUUUUUUGUCAAGAGAGGCCAAGGACCUUAUUCACCAGUUACUUCGUAGAAAUCCAGCAGAUCGUUUAAGUCUAUCUUCAGUAUUAGACCAUCCUUUUAUGUCCCGAAACUCUUCAACAAAAAAUAAAGAUUUGGGAACUGUAGAAGACUCAAUAGAUAGUGGACAUGCCACAAUUUCUACUGCAAUUACGGCUUCUUCCAGUACCAGUAUUUGUGGUAGUUUAUUUGAUAGAAGAAAACUUUUGAUUGAUCAGCCACUCCCAAAUAAAGUGACUAUAUUUCCAAAGAAUAAAAAUUCAAGUGAUUUUACUUCUUCAGGAGACAGAAGCAGCUUUUAUACUCAGUGGGGAAAUCAAGAGCAAGAAACUAGUAAUAGUGGAAGGGGAAGGAUAAUCCAAGAGGCAGAAGAAAGACCACAUUCUCGAUACCUUCGUAGAGCCCAUUCCUCUGAUAGAUCUGGCACUUCUAACCAAUCUCGAGCAAAAACAUAUACAAUGGAACGAUGUCACUCAGCAGAAAUGCUUUCAAAAUCCAAAAGAUCAGGAGUAGAUGAAAAUGAAGAAGGAUACUCACCCACAAACAGCAAUGCUAAUAUUUUUAACGUCUUUAAAGAAAAGACAUCCAGUGGUUCUGGAUCUUUUGAAGGACCUGAUAACAAUCAAGCACUCUCCAAUCAUCUUUGUCCAGGAAAAACUCCUUUCCCAUUUCCAGACCAGACAGCUCAGACUGAAAUGGUGCAACAGUGGUUUGGUAAUCUGCAAAUACAUGAUCCUUUUUCCGAACAAAGCAAGACCAGGGGUACGGAGCCACCAUUGGGUUAUCAGAAACGUACAUUACGAAGCAUUACAUCUCCCUUGACUGCCUACAGGUUAAAACCAAUCAGACAGAAAACCAAAAAGGCUGUGGUGAGCAUACUUGAUUCAGAGGAGGUAUGUGUGGAGCUUCUAAAAGAGUUUGCAUCUCAAGAAUAUGUGAAAGAAGUUCUUCAAAUAUCUAGUGAUGGAAGUAUGAUUACUAUUUAUUAUCCAAAUGAUGGAAGAGGUUUUCCUCUUGCUGAUAGACCACCCUCACCUACUGACAACAUCAGUAGGUACAGAUUUGACAAUUUACCAGAAAAGUACUGGCGAAAGUAUCAAUAUGCUUCCAGAUUUGUACAGCUUGUAAGAUCUAAAUCUCCCAAAAUCACUUAUUUUACAAGAUAUGCUAAGUGUGUUUUAAUGGAGAAUUCUCCUGGUGCUGAUUUUGAAGUUUGGUUUUAUGAUGGGGCAAAGAUACACAAAACAGAAGAUUUAAUUCAGGUAAUUGAAAAGACUGGGAAAUCUUAUAACUUAAAAGGUGAAAGUGAAGUUAAUAGCUUGAAAGAGGAAAUAAAAAUGUAUAUGGACCAUGCCAAUGAGGGCCACCGUAUUUGUUUAGCACUGGAAUCCAUAAUUUCAGAAGAGGAAAAGAAAAGUGGAAGUGCUCCCUUUUUCCCAAUAAUCAUUGGAAGAAAACCUAGUAGUACUAGUUCACCCAAGGCCUUAUCACCUCUUUCUCCUGUGGAUCCAGACUACCCCAUGACAGAUACACCAUCUCUGAAUAGAAUGAUCAUAAAUAGUGCUGCUUCUCCGAAACAGGCACCAAUACCUAAUCCUUCUAUGGUUACAAAUGAAGGAUUUAGCCUCACAGGUGCAGCUUCUGGAACAAACAUCCCUUCCAAUAGUCCAAAAGAUUGUCUCCCUAAAUCAGCACAACUUUUGAAGUCCGUUUUUGUGAAAAAUGUUGGUUGGGCUACACAGUUAACUAGUGGAGCUGUGUGGGUUCAGUUUAAUGAUGGGUCCCAGCUGGUCGUGCAAGCCGGAGUUUCUUCUAUUAGUUACACAUCACCAAAUGGUCAGACAACUAGGUAUGGAGAAAAUGAAAAACUACCAGAAUACAUCAAACAGAAAUUACAUUGUCUUUCUUCCAUCCUUUUGAUGUUUUCUAAUCCAACUCCUAGUUUUCAUUGAUUAAAGCUCCUGUUAGAUAUAUAAGUUUAAUAAAUAACAUUUUUGUUGGCUUUCAAGUAAAGUGACUUUUUUAUUUUAAAAAACUUCUUUGGAAAGCCUUUCUAUAAAAGAGAAUUUUUGACCAAUACCAUAAUGGAUGUAUUUAAUGAGAGAACAAAACAGAAUGAAACUCAAGUCACUUAAAAAAUGUAGCAGUUGUAGAUUAAAAUAGGACACAUAACUUUGCUCUUAGAAAUAUAUAUCCUCAAAAUACUGUGUUCAUGUAUUUGUAUUGAAUAAUCUUUUAAAGCAAAAAUAUAAAUGGUAUGUAGUAUAUUUCUGCUUUGACUGUUUUCCUUACUUAGACAUGUUAAGAAUCAUGGACAAAACAUGCUGGAGUUUUUGAAUAUUGAACAUGUAAAUAAUGUAUAUUUAUGUUAUAAGUAACAUAUGUAAACAUGUAUAUUUGUUUUAUAUUUAUUUUUGUAGCACUAAUUUCUGAUGAAACAUUUCUGCAAAUGAAUUUUAUAAAAAAAUAAAUGUUACUUUAUCUUUUGAUUAUUUAAUACUUAAUUUUUUAAAAGUUACUUAUAAACUCAGUUUUAAAUUUUGUUGCCUGUUUAAGAGGAGCCAAUUAAAUUUUAAAAAUUUUGAAAAUGGUAAAUACAUUUUCUCUACUUUUAUCUGAAAAUAUCUGUAUAUUUUAAUGAUAAACAUUUUAACACUGAAGAUCUUAAACUUAAUUCAGACCCGUAAAUAUGAGGACAAAGAAUAUUUGAUAGCAAGACAACCAUUCUUAAAGAAAUAUGGUAGAAUAGGUAUAGAAUGAAACUACUUAAAUAUGAUAAAGACUGUUAAAACUGCCUCAAUGACAGAUGAUUUGUAUAAUCAAAUGUUGGAGUCAAUUCCAUUAUAUAGGAAUAUCCAAAGUCACAAUUAUUCAACAUUGUGUUGGAGGUUUUUGUCUAAGGCAAUAAGAAGAAAAAUAAUUUUUAAAAUGAAUUGCAGUUAAUAAGACAACCCAGUAGAAAAAUGAAAAAAUAGGAACACAUCAUUUGGAAAGGAGAAAAUCCAUAUAAUGUAUAAAAAGAAAAUAUGCUCAGCCUCAUUUAUAGUUGGAGAAAUGCAAAGUUAAAACAAAAAUCAUUUCCCAGAGUUCUGUCAUGGCUCAGUGGUUAAUGAAUCUGACUAGGAACCAUGAGGUUGUGGUUGGACCCCCAGCCUGGGAACCUGCAACCUCAUGGUUCCUAAUCGGAUUCGUUAACCACUGAGCCGCGAUGAAACUCCAGGAAAUGAUUUAACCCUUCUCUGAGAAAUAAAAAUAUGAUUAGAAAUAAAAUUUCCUCCUUAAAAAUGGAAAUUAUUAAAAGAAUUCCUAACUAAAUUUUGAAGGCUAAAGACUCAAAUACAUUUUGCUUUGACAAAAUUUAGGUGUAUUUUUUUCGUCUUUCAGUCUUAAUGUGUCAUUAUGUUCCAGGUAUUUCUCUUAUACAUACCAUAUAGCUGAAUUUUUAAAGUCCAGUGUAAUAACCUCUGUAAUCUACUUUGUUUACAUUAUCAUUUAUGACUAUUUGUCAUUACAGUUCAGUUGCACUUAUGACUCAACUUAUUCUGUGCCUUCUACUUACCAUUCUUAUUUACUUUUUUUCCCAUUCUUUCCCAAACUUUCUUUCCAGGUGAGUUUCUUUUCCAUAUGCUUAUCUGAGUUUCCUUUUGGCAGAUUUUUCUUUUUAUUUUUUUUAGGGCCACAUCUGCGGCAUAUGGAAGUUCCCAGGUGAGGGGGCAGAUCAGAGCUACAUACAGCUGCUGGCCUAUGCCACAGCAACUCAGGGUGCGAGCCAAGUCUGUGACCUCUACCACAGCUCACAGCAACACUGGAUCCUUGACCCACUGAGCAAGGCCAGGGAUCAAUCCCCAAUCCUCAUGCAUGCUCAUCAGGUUCGUUUCCACUGCGCCAAACGGGAACUCCCCAGAUUUUUCUGUAAUUAUAGUUUUUAGAAUUUGCUCCAUUUCAAUGCUUUGGUUCUUUUCUUCAAGGAUUCUACUAUAUGUAUAUUAAAUCAUCUAUGCCUAAUUUUAUAUCUCUUUAUUUCUGUUACUUUAUUUUUUAAGGGCCACACCUGUGGCAUAUGGAAGUUCCCAGGCUAGAGGGAACUAGCCUCUAAAUCAGAGCUGCAGCUGCUGGCCUACACCACAGCCACAGCAAUGCCAGAUUAAAGCUGCAUCUGGGACCUAUGCUGCAGCCUGCCUCAAUGACAGAUCCUUAAACUACUGAGUGAAGCCAAGGAUUGAAUCUGCAUCCUUAUAGAUACUUGUCAGAUUCUUAACCUGCUGAGCCACAACGGGAAAUCCUCUGUUAUUUUACUUUUCCUCCAUCUUUGACUUCUCUCAUGAAGUUAUCUAUGACAUCUUAUUUACUCUUGUGUAUCUGUUCUUCAUGUCUGAAAUUAUUUUAAGUUUCUUAUUCUUUCCUGAGCUCUGCCAGCAAUGUUUUCCUAUCUUCCUAUUAUCUUAUUUCUCCACUUCAUUGAGAAACUUUCCCACUUCUCAGUUUCUCAAAUUACAAUAUGUCAUUUUUUCAACUUUAUCUGUUUUAUAGGCAUAUCUAUCUGGCAUACCUUUGUUUUCUAUAACAUUAUUUAAUGCAACUGCACUCUUUUCUGUUCUUCCUCAGUAUUUAUUCCAGUAAAUGGCACCUACCUACAUCAUUAGCUAUUCAUGUAAGAAUCAUGAAAAUCAUUCUUAAUACUUACUUAACCUCAUUUAACACUUAUUUACCUCAUUUAACUACCAACUAAUCCUGCCAACUCUACCUCUAAAAUGUAUUUCAUAUGCUCUUAGUUCCCAUUUCCACUGUCAAUUCCCUGAUCAAAGUGACCAGCAUCACUCAUCUGAACCACUGCAAUAACCUCCUGCUUGGCUCCAAACACCUCCUCUUGCCACCUCUAUUAGAGUUUUUAGUUGCAAACAUCAGGAUCUAACCUAGUUGGUUUAUACAGAAAAUAAAUAUAUUACAGGUUAUUAGCUCAUAGACUCUCUAGAAGGGAUAGAGAUUGAGGCACUGGAGCUAGGAACAAUGGCUCAAUCACAGUGCAGGAGUUGUACCAGAAAAAAACAUCCUACCAGGGAGUUCCUGUUUUGGCACAACAGAAACGAAUCUGACUCUUAUGCAUGAGGAUACAGGUUCAGUCGCUGGCCUCACCUGGUCAGGGAUCCAGCAGUGCCAUGAGCUGUGGUGUAGGCUGGCAGCUGUAGCUCCAAUUAGACCCCCAGCCUGGGAAAUUCCAUAUGCCAUGGGUGUGGCUCUAAAAAGCAAAAAACAAACAAAAAACACCCUACCAGCGUUAUUCAGCACAGAUUCCUCAGCCAUGCUGAUAAAGCUAGGGACUGAGUUCCAGGAGCCCUGACACUGCUUUCUCCAAAAUGUAGCCACAGACCUUGCUCCCCAACAAAUGUCAAUUUUCUGAUGUUACUCACGUCCUCUUUU